AUGCACGAUAGGCCAAGAGCAAAAUUUCCUGAUGAGGGCCUCCUUCAAGUCGAUUUCGCUGAAAAUUUCAUUUGCGAGGGGCAAGAUGAGAUAUUUCCAAGAGUUUUCGGAUACCUUAAAGAACAUGGGACAUUUUCCACUGUAAAACUAAAUGAGCACAACGAAAGGCGCCACCUAGAUCAGGAAAAUAAUAUCCUGAACAUGGUUACCAACAAUCCACAAAUUAGUACCAGACGAGUAAGCAAUGCGCUAAAUGUACCCCACGCUACAGUUUGGCGACGUCAAGUUCAAAGGCUAGAGGCUGGUGAUGGGGAGAGAAGAAUGACUUUUAGCAAAUGGGUAAUUCGAAAUCAAGGAAUAUUAAGAAAUUGUUUAUUUACGGAUGAGGCGGAAUUUACGAGGGACGGAGUGUACAAUAUAAGGAACAUGCAUGUCUGGGCAGGGGAAACCCAAGAGCUACACGAGAAGCUAAACUAA